AUGAUAAGGCCAAAGCUUGCGGUUACUGGCUACUUUAUUGACCAUGACUGGGAGUACCAAGAGCUCCUUCUUGGCUUUGAGCAUCUCUCGGGUAACCACUCCACUAUGGAUCUUAGUGAGGUGCUAAUCAAACUCCUCCAACAGAAUGAGCUUACAGAUCGAGUACUCACAAUCACCACUGACAAUGCGUCAAAUAAUGUUACCUUGAUGGCUUACGUGAAUGUCACUAUUCAAUCCCUAGAGCUAAGUGAGAGCUCUACGUACCUUGAAAUGAUGGAAUUGAGUCAAAACUCAUCUUCCUUGUAG